CACACAUAAUCUCUCUCUCCUCCUUCUCCUUCUUGUAUCCACCGGCAAUUGCACUGAGGAUCCCUCCCUCCCUCCAUCUCUCCCUCCAUCUCUCUCUCUCUCUCAGCAGCCUGUGGAUCCCUUCACUUGACUAAUUAGCCUUGAAGUGCUGUUGAAGAUCAUCAUAUUUAGCUUAGCGACCUAGCAGCAGAGUGCAGACAGAUACAGACGAGGCUGGCUGGAGGCUCGGCUUGCCUGGCAGUGUGGCAACCUCUCUAUCUCCCUCUAUUCACGCUCAGCACCGAGGGGCUUUCUCAGUGGCGGAGCGGCGGAAGUGAGGGGUGGUUUUCUCUGCUUUGAAAGAGGCGAGAAGAACGAGAAGGAGGAGAAGGAGAAGGAGGAGAAGCAAAGCUGAAAUCACAAGCACAGAAUGAGAGUCCGAUGCAGGAGCAAAUCCUACUAGAGACGGAGACUCGGAGGAGGAGGCAGCUGUCACUGUGCAGCAGCUCUGCUUCCAACAUACAGAGAUUUAAGAUGAUUAGCGGCCCGCUGUCCGCGCAGAGGAGGCCGGCGAGGAGCCUUCCUGAUGACAGAAACCUGCAGAAGACCAGCACAUACAUCGUGCCUUGCUUCCUCUUUGUGGAGCUGGUCAUCAUGGCAGGGACCGUUCUGCUGGCGUACUACUUUGAGUACACGGACACGUUCCCCGUGCACGUCCAGGGCUUCUUCUGCUUCGACAAAGCCUACUCCAAACCGUACCCGGGACCUGAGGACAACAGCAAGGCGCCGCCCGUCCUCGUCUACUCCCUCGUCACCGCCAUCCCCACUGUGACGAUUCUGAUCGGGGAAGUGACCAGUUUCUUUGUGAAGACCGAGGGAGCUCAGGAGAAGACCAUAGUCACCGCUGACUGCUGUUACUUCAACCCUCUGCUCCGCAGGAUCGUACGUUUUCUGGGUGUUUACUCCUUCGGCCUCUUCACGACCACCAUCUUUGCCAACGCAGGUCAAGUGGUGACAGGAAACCAGACGCCUCAUUUCCUGUCCGCCUGCAGACCAAACUACACCGCUCUGGGCUGCCAGUCUCCGCUGCAGUACAUCACAGACCGCCGAGCCUGCACAGGAAACCCGUACCUGAUCACGUCCGCCCGGAAAUCUUUCCCCUCCAAAGACGCAGCGCUCAGCUUUUAUUCAGCCAUCUACACAGUGAUGUACGUGACGCUGGUGUUCCGGACCAAAGGGACCCGUCUGACCAAGCCCACCCUGUGCCUAGUGCUGCUGUCUCUGGCUGUGCUGGUCGGGGUGAUGAGGGUGACCGAACACAGAAACCACUGGAAUGAUGUCCUGGCUGGGUUUGUCACCGGAGGAGCCAUCGCUGCCUUCCUGGUGUCAUGUGUGAUCAACAAUUUCCAGCCAACCCAGAUUGCGAUGCCAACUCCUCCACCUCCACAGCGCCCAGAACCCUCGAUGGGGCUGCCUCUUCUCAGCCUGCCCCGCGUGGAGAGUCCACUUGAAAAGUUAAGUGGCCUCCAGGCUCCAGGGCUACCGUAUUCUGAGAUCACAUGACCAUCAGCCAAUCCCGUCCCCCACCCCUCCCGAUGUGCUCCUCCCCUCACGGCGAUGCCUCACCAGCGCAGUCUAGACCUGCCCUCCGAAUGCCCCCCGCCCUGCCCCGCCCACCCCGAAGGACGACAUCCUCUCCGACGAGUCAAGUCCACCCAGGUCUGAAGGUCAACUAAUCGACAGGAGGCCAAACAGCACAAACACUUUGCACACAUUGGCGAGCAUCACUGGAACCUGUCAUCCACAGAGGACCGAUAGGAGACAGAUCAUGGUCCUCCUGUCCUGUUCUGUCCUGCUUGUCCUCCAAGAUGGCCUCCUUUUACUUUCAGGUGUAAAAGAACCAAUGAAAGACUCGCCAAAGCCAGAGCUGUUGAAGCAAUACUGUGUCCUCUUUUCCACAAAAGACCCGACAGUGACUCUAAAGAGUGUUGGCCGGUGAUGACUUGAGAAAACACUCAGUGGAGCUGAGGGUUUGAAGCUGGUGGAGCGUCCUCAAAAAGACCUUUUGUAACACUCAGGACAAAACAAUGAGGGAAAUAAGGACGAAUAACAAAGACCUUUAUUUAAUCGAAAUGCACCGUCGAGUAUUAUGGUACAGAUUUUUUCUUCUGUCCUCAAAACUAACUGAAGAGACGCUGUGGAAGAGGAAAGCACUUUUGUAAAUGAUAGCACAGAUGAACCAGUUCAGUGUUCAGGUAACUGUGUUGUAUCUUAUUAGUUUUGGGGGGGUGUGGGUCUGUAUAUUGUGUGAAGUGACAGAAGAGAGAUUUCUACACACUAGAGCUGUGCUUGUGACGCCACCGUUUGUUUUUGAGGCCACGACGUGAAAUGAACUAGAUUUCCAUGAACUUUCCAAAUAUCUACUUACUAUUCAGGUGUGUGUUUCUCAGUGUCUGUAGGUUUUUACGUCCAUGCUGUGAAAUAUUUGGAAAGUUUUAUUUAUCAUUUGACUCACUGCCUCUUCCCGUGUGUUCGUGUUAGUUUGUCUCAUUUUCCCCUUCAACAUAUUCAUGCCUCU